AUGCCUUUAUUCCGAGACGGGUCAUCCUUGCAAUCAAACGGUUUGUCACGAUUUCUGCGCGCAGAAGCAUUACGACUCUUGUUACUACAGCGGAUGCAACGGCUUUUCUUGUGUUAGUACAUGUGUUCGGUUUACUCGUGCUGGGAAGACAUACCACUUGUAUCAUGGAGCUGAGUCCGCGGGAGAGAAAUCCUUUGCCCAAAUUACUGCUAUCUACGAUGCACUCAACAAGACCGGGAUUCAUCACGAUAAAAGCGAGACCAUUCUGACAAAAAGACCACAAGGGUCUGGCCGUGCCGUCGAAGGAGGUCUGGGCAUUUUGAAUUUGAAAAAACAGGAUCAAGAGGAGAGUUAUGCCGCCAAGAAAAAAUCGGGGGAGUCGGCCGUCAACUUGUCUGACGUGUUGGCCAAGGCUGCGAAGAACAAAGAGAAGGAGAAGGAUCAAUACAUUUACGAAGAAGUUCAAGACGUUGUAACAGAAAUUAUGCCCUUCAAAGUGGUGACAAGAUAUGUCUAA